AUGGCCGAAUUUGAUGGUGUUUGGAUUCCUUAUACCGAGCUUGGAAGGGUCAUAUUGAACCAGAAGACCUUCCAGGAACACCAACAUUCAAACGCAUGCAGAGUUCAGGACAAGGCCCCGGAUCCACUAUGCUGUCCACCGUAUGGGUAUGGAUUUUCUUUAAGUCGCAAAGAAUGGGGCCUUUUUUUCAUCGACUCUAUUGAGAACGUCAAAUGGAAAGAGAAUGCUUGGGAUUCGUUGAUUAUUGGUGAUCACGAAAAGCUCGUUCUUCAGUCUUUAGUAACGUCUCACUCAUACCCAGAAGACGCACGCGACCAAAGCUUGCAGAAAGGAAAGGGCCUAGUUGUUUUGUUACAUGGCUUACCUGGUUCUGGCAAAACGUUAACAGCCGAGACUGCCGCCGCUGAGGGAUCAAAAAGGGCGCUCAUGAUGACCUCUCUGGGAGAGCUUAAUAAAUCGAACAAACCUGCGUCUUUUGAAUUUCGUCUCAAACUUGUUCUGCGAUAUGCAACAACCUGGAGUGCGGUUGUCCUAAUGGAUGAAGCGGAUGUUUUCCUCGAGGCUCGAGAGGACCAUGGCGACACUUCCCAUCGAAAUGCUCUUGUAGCUAAGUACUUCAGCGGCAUUGUCUUCCUCACCACUAAUCGUAUCAAGUCCUUUGACAAAGCGAUGAAGUCUCGCAUCCAUCUCGCACUCGAAUAUACCCCGCCAGGCCUUGGGACGAGAGAAAGGCUGUGGGUGCAAAAUUUGACGUCUAUAUCAAGUGAAGAGACUUCUGUGGAUCUUGAUGAGGCCAUAAACGCCUUCCUGCUGGUGAAGAUGAACGGUAGAGAGAUUGCAAAUGCAGUCCAUACCGCCCGGACAAUUGCACGCUUCCAGAAAAGACCACUUGAGAUUGAGCAUAUCGAGAUGGUCCUGGACGUCUGGAAAAGAUUUGAUGAAAGUGUGUCGAAAACCAGGAAGAUAUCUACUCACACCACUGACAAUGGAGUCCACUUGGUAAUGCAGCGAACGAAUUCGAUUCUUGAAGAAGAAGGCACUUUUAAUUCCUGA